AUGUGGACUUCGGAGAGCACUGGUACAGACUCCAAAACAGGAGAACCGACGUUCACUAUUUGCUGUAACCAUGGCCAAAUCAGACUUCCGCCUAUCAAGCAACCUCCAGCUCUAUUAGAAGAACUUCUCCAGCUUAGGUGGUUUCGAGAUACUAUCAGAGUCUAUAAUUCCGUACUGGCUUUUACAUCGGUUGGAAUGAAAAUGGAUCAUAGUGUGGUUCAUACACCUGGUCCUUACACCAUACGGAUACAGGGUCAAACUCACCACAAGAUUGGUUCCCUUAUACCCCAACAAGGUCGUCUCCCAGAGUAUCUCCAACUCUACAUUUUUGAUACGGGAAAUGAAGUCAGAAACCGACUAAAUGCAAUGGGGCAAUCCUCAACAGAUGGUAAUCUUGAUGAAGCAACCCUGGAGCGCCUCAUCAGGAUGAUUGACGAGAAUAAUUGCUUAGCCAAGAUUUUCCGACGGGCACGAGACUAUUACGAAAGUGUUGGGAAGGAGUUUAAAAUCAGAUUGCUCCCAGAUAAGGGGAAAGGGAAAGAGUACGAUCUUCCGAGUACAGACGAGGUCGCAGGUCUUAUUGUAGGGGAUAUGUCAUCAACAAUUGGAGAACGAGAUAUAGUGGUCCAAUUUCAAUCUGACACUUUGCAGCAGAUACGUGAUGAUCACCCUUUGUACAUGACCCUACAAUAUCCUCUUUUGUUUCCCUAUGGAGAGUACGGUUUUCAUCCAGAGAUCCCAUUACAUCUUGAGACAGGCACUUCAAGAACAAGGCAAUUCCUGACUAUCCGCCAGUUCUAUGCCGCUCAGAUCCAGACCCGUCUUAACCAAGGGCUGACCUUGAUUAUAGGCGGACGUCUACUCCAUCAGUAUAUUAUUGACAUAUAUACAGCGAUUGAAGAAGAUCGACUAAGGUGGGCAAGGAAUAAUCAAGAUAUUCUGAGAGCUGAGCUCUACAAUAAUGUACUCGACGCUGUCAGCAAGGGUGAUACUAAUGCUAAAAUUAUUGGACAGAGGUUCAUACUCCCUCCAAGUUUCACCGGUGGGCCCCGAUACUUAGUUGAAAAAUAUCAUGAUGCGAUGGCUAUUUGCAGAGAAUAUGGGAAUCCAGAUUUGUUUAUCACAAUGACGGCCAAUCCCAACUGGAGAGAGAUUAAAGAGCAUCUUAUGAAGUAUGGUGGAGACUCUCCCAAUGAUAGACCAGACAUUGAGUGUCGAGUCUUUAAGAUGAAGUUAGACCAGCUCCUCAAGGAUUUCAAAAAAGGAACUUACUUCAAGCCAUACACGGCUGCUCUCCACAGGAUAGAGUUUCAGAAAAGAGGACUCCCUCAUGCACAUAUACUAUUGUGGUUUGGAAACUCUUCCAGAACACCAAGUGCAGAGGAAGUAGAUGAGAUUAUUUCAGCUGAGCUUCCAAACAAGGAAGAAGACCCUGAAGGUUACAAUUUAGUAACAAAACACAUGAUUCAUGGUCCAUGUGGUGUUACUAAUCCGAAGUCACCAUGUAUGGAUAAUAAUGUGUGCACAAAAAAGUUUCCUCGACCGUAUAAUGACAAUACUUCAAUUGAUAAAUCAGGGUAUGUAUUGUAUCGUCGGCGGCAGAACGAGAAUGCGUCUGUACUGAAGGAUGGAAAAAUCUUAAACAACAAUUUUGUUGUACCUCAUAACUUGAAGCUCUUGAAGAAGUACGAAGCUCAUAUUAAUGUUGAAUGGUGUAAUCGAACAAGUGCUGUGAAGUACUUAUUCAAGUACAUAACCAAAGGUGUUGACAGAGCUUCCGCAGUUAUUGAGCAUGGAAAUACGGGAUCUACAUCUAGCUUAGCAUCCUCUAGCGAGCCAAAAGAGAGAGUAAUCAAGCAACGGAAUGAGAUCCAAGAGUUUAUUGAUGCGCGGUACUUAUCAGCUUGUGAGGGUAUGUGGCGGACGUUUGCAUUCCACAUACACAAGAGAAAGCCAUCAGUUGAGAAGCUUAUCAUUCACUUAGAAGGUGAACAUAACAUCACUAUUAAGGAUACUGAUAACCUCGGGCGUGUAGUCCGCAAGCCAGGUAUUGAGAAGACAAUGUUCACUGAGUGGAUGGUCUUAUGCAGAAGAUCAGCUUUUGCACGGACAUUAACUUACGUGCAAAUUCCGGAAUAUUUUGUAUGGAACAACAAUACCAAAGUCUGGUCUGAACGUAAAAAAGGAAAAGCCAUUGGGAGAAUCGUAGCUGUUCACCCAUCGGCAGGUGAUCGUUAUUACUUAAGGAUUCUCAUAAAUAAGAUCAAGGGUCCUCGAAGUUAUGAUGAGCUCAAAACGUUUAACGAUGUUAAAUACCCUGAUUUCAAAUCGGUUUGCUACGCACGAGGCUAUUUGGACAACGAUGUCGAGUGGAUCGAGAGUAUGAUAGAGGCUUCUAGAACGGCUACCCCAUUCCAAAUCCGUGAUAUGUUUGUUACAUUCUUGAACCAUUGCUUUGUUGCGAGCCCUAAAAUAUUAUGGGAACAAUCAUGGAAAUCAAUGAGUGAUGACAUACUCCGCAAGAGACAAAGAUUUUUAGGUCACUCAAAUCUAGAACUGGAUGAUGAGACCCUUGAGCAAUACACUUUAAUCGAAGUGGAAAAGUUGAUGCGGAUGCAUGACCGCUCGAUAAGUGAUAUUAAAGGUAUGCCUAAGAUCCAACCUGUUUUGCUAAAAGAAUUAGGGAACAGUUUGUGGACCCAAGAAAUGGAUUAUGAUGUUGCAGAGGAAACUUUGAGACAUGACACACAGUACACCCUUCUUAAUGCUGAUCAGCGUGCGAUUUACAAAUCAGUCUUAGACUCCGUUGAGAAAAAGGACGGAAAACUAUUCUUCGUUUAUGGCGCAGGGGGCACGGGAAAAACAUUCCUAUACCAAACCAUUAUAUCCAGACUUCGCUCUAGAAAACAAAUCGUUCUACCGGUUGCGUCUUCAGGGAUAGCCGCAUUGCUCCUACCUAACGGAAGAACAGCUCAUUCCCGCUUUAAUAUUCCUUUGAAGCUUUCUGAAGACAAGCUAUGCAACAUCAAACCAGGUACAAUGCUGGCUGAACUAAUCGAGAAAACGGAUCUCAUAAUUUGGGAUGAGGCACCUAUGACUCAUAAGCAUGCUUUUGAAGCAUUAGACAAGACGUUGAAGGAUAUAAUGUCUAAGAAAAAUCCUCCUGCAAAGGAUAUGACUUUUGGUGGAAAAACAGUUUUGUUGGGUGGUGAUUUCAGACAGAUUUUACCAGUAAUUCCACAAGGAAGUAGGGCUGAUACUGUCUUAGCUUCAAUAAGUCAUUCCUAUCUAUGGGAUAGCUGCCACAAGUUCUCUUUAAAAAUAAAUAUGCGAGUCAAUCAGGACGAGAAGGAGUUCUCAGAGUGGCUUCUUAAAGUCGGGGAAGGUCAACCACAAUCAUCAGCAGAAGAUGAAGAUGAUGGUUACCAUGAGCAAAUGAUAACUGUCGACGACUCAUUGGUUCAACAGACGAUAGAUGACCCUUUAAAACAAGUUGUUGAGGCCGCAUAUGGAGACAUCGACAAAAUAAAGAUCUCUCAAAGCUCUUACACCGAUAGAGCUAUCCUCACUCCCCGCAAUGAAACAGUUGAUGAAAUCAAUGCAUACACAAUCUCUAACACAGACGGAGAAUCAAGAGAUUACUUCAGCUGCGAUAGCUUUGAGAUUUCAGAUACUCAAUCUGAUCAAAAUGAUGCCUUAUAUGCGAUUGAGUAUCUCAAUUCUCUGGAAUACUCAGGAUUGCCUUCUCAUAAACUCACUCUAAAAGUUGGGGCCCCAGUUAUGCUUCUGCGAAACAUAAAUCAGAAAAAAGGAUUAUGCAACGGUACCCGAAUGAUCCUAACCUACGUAGGCGAACGAGUGCUUAAGGCAGACAUAGUCACUGGCUCACACGUUGGUCAUGAAGUCUUGAUCCCAAAGAUUGUUCUCCUGCAUGAGGAAACAAAGUUACCGUUCACCUUACGUCGUAGGCAAUUUCCUAUCAGAUUGUGUUACGCAAUGACAAUCAACAAAAGUCAAGGACAAAGUUUAAAGGAGGUUCUCUUAUAUCUGCCUAAACCAGUGUUCGCACAUGGGCAACUUUAUGUGGCUCUCUCACGUGUAACAAGCAAAUCAGGGCUAAAAAUCAUUAAAGCGAGAGAUCAGCAUCCACAAAAAGUGAAGAACAUAGUCUACAAGGAGAUCUUUAACCGUCUUCGUUCCCAUGAAACGAUCAACAGUGAUAAAUGA